AGGCGCGCGCCCGAGCGGUCCUGUGGCCCCGCGCGCGGGCGCGCGGGGUUUCGGGCGGCAGCCCUCCCCCCCCCGCCGCGCUCGCCGCGCUCGCGGGCGACGAGCCUCCGCCUCCUCGGCCGGGGCCAUGCAGGUGCGGCCCGGCGACCGCGUCACCAUCCACGGCCUCACCGGGCGGCCCGAGCUGAACGGCCAGUCGGCCGUGCUGGUCGGGCCGGCGGGGAACGACCGCGUGACCGUGCGGCUGGACUCCGGGGCGGAGGUGGCGCUGAAGCAGGCGAACCUGGGCAUCCCCGCGCCAGGCGGCGGCGGUGGCGUGCCAGGUGGAAUGCCGGGCGGAGGCGGCAUGCCACAGAUGCCGAGCAGCGCCGACGUGGCGGCCGCGGCGGAGCAGGCUCUGGCGCGCAUGGGCAUAAGGUUGCCGCCCGGCGUGUCGGCCCUCCAAGCGGCAGGCGGUGCGCUGGUCGCCUGCUUCGGGGCGCUCUAUGUGCUGGGCCGCUUCGUGCCCAAGAUGGCCAUCGCGCUGGCGGGCCUCGCGGCCGUGGCGGCCCUGGCCCUCGGGCAGUCGCUGCUGCCGCGCGGCGGUGGGCACGCGCAGCCGGCCUCGGGCCACCAGGAGGCCUACGCAGAGGCCCUGCGGGAGGCCUACCAGCAGGGCUACGACGACGGCCUGGCCGGCAGGGAGCGCCGCAAUUUCUCCCUGCGGAGGCACAUUGUGACGCCCCAGCACGAGCCGGCCGCGCCAACUGGCGGGGGUGGCGGCUUCGGCAUGGGCUCGGUGAUGCGCUACAUCAUGGUCGCUGGUUAUGUCUACAGGGCCGGCGCUGGCCCUGGGGGCUUCAGCCUGCAGAGCGCCAUCGCGAACAUCCAGGCCAACCCGAUGCAGGGCCUCAUGAUGGUCUCGAUGCUCUCCGGCAUGUUCUUCUGA